GACCCGCAGCUCCUUGCUCAGUUUUACUACGCUGAUGAGGAACUAAAUCAAGUAGCAGCUGAACUAGACAGUUUGGAUGGAAGAAAGGACCCACAGAGAUGUACGCUGCUAGUCAACCAGUUUCGCUCUUGUCAGGAUAAUGUUUUGAACAUCAUAAAUCAAAUAAUGGAUGAAUGCAUUCCACAUGAACGGGCCAACCGAGACUUUUGUGUUAAGUUUCCAGAGGAAAUACGCCAUGACAACCUUGCAGGACAGCUUUGGUUUGGAGCAGAAUGUUUGGCUGCUGGUUCAAUUAUUAUGAAUCGUGAAAUUGAGAGUAUGGCUAUGAGGCCACUGGCCAAGGAUCUGACCCGGAGCCUAGAGGAAGUCAGAAAUAUAAUUCGUGACCAGGCCUUAAGGGAUUUGAACCUCUACACAGAAAAAAUGAAAGAUUCACUCAAGCAUUUUGACAUCCUUUUUGCUGAAUUUGAAUUAAGUUAUGUGUCGGCCAUGGUACCUGUGAAGUCUCCAAAAGAAUAUUAUGUACAGCAAGAGGUGAUUGUACUUUUCUGUGAAACUGUAGAAAGAGCCUUAAGGCUUGGAUACCUCACUCAAGAUAUGAUAGAUGACUAUGAACCAGCUUUAAUGUUUACAAUUCCAAGAUUAGCCAUUGUAUGUGGCCUUGUCGUCUACUCCGAGGGACCAUUAAACUUGGACCAUAAACCAGAAGAUAUGUCUGAACUCUUCAGACCUUUUCACACUCUGCUAAGAAAAAUAAGGGAUCUACUUCAGACGUUAACUGAGGAUGAACUGCACACGCUGGAACGUAACCUCUGCAUCUCUCAAGAUGUAGAUUUUCCCGUCAGAGCGGAUCCUGAAGUGCCCUCUGUCAUUGCACCAGGCAUAACUGCAACUUUGCCUGCUAAGGAGCUUUCAGCAAAAGCUGAAAACACAGAGGCUGAGCUGGCUUGUUCUAUGCAGUAUGAUGAACAGGAGCUGGAACAGCUGAAUAGGAUGGUACACAGAGUUGGAGAUGAAAUGUCGUCUCUACUUUCCCCUCCAAGCAUCUGUCAGUCUCCAGCUCACAGAGCUAGCCUAAGAAACAGUUCUAGCACAGAAGCUUCACCAACAAGGCACCAUCUUGACAAUUUAACUGAUGAAGAGGACAGAGUGUUUUUUAUGGAUGACCUAGAUGGAGCAGGAGAAGCACUUGCUGGGUUGGAUUCCGUAAGUGAUACGUUUGCUUGGGUGAGUAACCCUUGCCACGAUUCAAAACAGAACUUGCAAUAUAGAGAUGCUCUGCUAUAUGAGAACAGCCAUCAGACAGAGGAAACUUUGCUUUUAAAAGAUGCUGAGAGUGACUUAAGCAAUAAUAACAAUAUUGAAGAUGGCAAACAGAUGUCUGGCAUCUCGGUUCAGAGUUCAUGCAGCUGUCUGGAGGGUCCGGACUCACAGGUAUACCUCAAUGGCUGGGAUGCAUAUGCUGAUGAUGCCGAAAUGGCAGAAGUGAUAGCUCACAGGACAGGGGGAAUGAAAAUAUCUGCUACUGUAAUAUUCAAUCCUAAAUCUCCUUCUAGCUCAGAGUCCCCAGUAACAACUCCAGAAGCAGCUCUUAGUUGUGUUCCUGGAUCUGCUAAUCCAUUAGCAAAUGAGGAGGAGGAUGAAUCCCAUAAACUCAGUAUAGCUGCCACAAACUGUCUAAUUAAUUCCUGUGUGUGUUGUGGCAGCUGUGAAGACAGCAGGGAGGACAGCGUUGAAGGUUUAAAGACUAAACAUUCUGCAGGAGGUGUUGUAAAUGCUUCAUACACAUUAGUAAAGUCUAAGGAAAUGGACCAUGUAGAUAACUUGGACAAUUCAGUUCCUGCACAGGAAACAUUAAAACCCGAAACUUCUGCUUUGUUAGCAGAAAGAGACUUUGGCAGAGAAGAGCAAAAACUGCCAGUCUCCUCUAAGUGCCUGGCACAUUCCUCAGGUUCACAGGUAGGAGCAGAAAAUGACUCACAAGGAGAAGCAGAAAGCAUCUCAAAUCAGCAGAAAAAGUGGGAGAAGAGAAAACAACUAUGUGAGAAAAAAAUGGACAACAAUGAAGAUGAUAGUAGUGAAAGGACAGCAAAGGAAGAUAUAAAGUCAAGAUCUAGUUCAAGGGGAGGGAUUCUCUCGGGAAUCGCUCGGGCUCGCUUUUCGAGGAUUGUGAUUUCAGGUUCAGGGUUCCUUGUUGCUCAGUCGGGAUCGUUAUCAGCGGGUGGGGAGCAGUUGUACUCUGCAUCACCCUCAGUGACAGACACUGCAGCCUCUCCAACCUCUACAGCAGGCAAUGUGGCUACUCCAAGCUUUGUGACAAACACCGCAGCUACUCCAGCCCCAUCAAGAAGCAUUGCAGAUGAGCUAGAAAACCAACACGUGCCAGUAUCAGUUGCCCCUGUACAGAAGAAGAAGUGGACACGAAAGUCAGUGCAUUUGCAGAGGGAUGAAGAUCAAGUUUAUGAUCUUCCUAAGGAGGAGGAGGAGGACGGAAGGGGAGAUGGAGAUGGAGACAGUACAAUAACCACCCUAUCUCUAACCCUGAGUGAGCUGCGGGAUAUAUGA